AUGAAGAGCUCCGCAGGGAGGACCAUGAAGUAUAGAAAGGAGAUCAUGGACACAUGCAUGAAGCUAAACCUGCCUCUUACUGUAAGGAGCACCUCCAUACAAAUAUUUGACAAGACCGUCGGUAAGAUGUUCCAAGAAGAAAAGGAAAUGAGGAGCGUUGUAUAUGCAAUAGUGAUACUUGCUUCGAAGUGCGAAGAGAUACAUGGGAACAUAGAGUCUCUUGUGAAGAGACUCCCGGAAUCUGAUAGGGAAAGCAUUUUCAGCUAUGAGUCUGAGAUGUUUGAGGCUUUGGACUAUAACUUCCACUUUCCCAGCCUGUAUCUUAGAAUGUAUGGGGUGCUUGCAAUGCUCCAAGAAAAAGGGCUUAUCAUGGCGGAAAAGGGAACUAUGGAAGAGAAGAUCUCGAAAGAUGAUGGCGAUGAGAUCUUCAUUUACAAUGGGAAGGAAUGCAUUGUUCCAUCCAUUGACAGGCUGUGGACAUGUUCUGUGCAGAACAUGGAUAAGAUACUUCUCUUGGACAAAGAGUCCUACAAAGAAAUAGAACUGGUGUAUGCAAGCUUACAUUUUCCGUGCGAGAUAUUCGGCUCGCUUACCUUUCCCUUCAAUCGAGAUAAUGUUGUGGAACUUCGAAAUGUAUGUGAAAACCCUCAAUUCUCCAAAUGA